GGGGAAGGCUGACGAAGGAAGCCCGUGCUGGGCCAUGGCGCGCAAACCUCGGCUCGGCUCAAGGCGAUUCACGGCGAGCCGGCGAGGGCAUGUGCAACGCAUAUCAGGACUCCAUGGAGGGGAGCCACGGCCAGCGACGGCACGCCAGAUCGCUACUACACUGAAUGGGGUAAAAUUUUACGGAGUAAAAUACACCAGCAGUCGACCACCACCGACAAGAUCAGUCAGUAGGCUUCAUUCUUCACAUCUCACAUCUCGCGCGCGAUUGGGUCGCCGCACCUCGGCCAACGGCGGCGGUCCAACGGCCCCUUCCACCUCGCCGCUCCUCCCCCUCCAAGUAGAGCGGCGACGGGCGAGCACCUCCGCGCCCAUUUCUUCGGCGACCAAGCACUCCACAGAGAUAUUCUUGGCCAAAGUUCAGAUGGUGUUGCAGAUUGAUGUUAGAUACACGUGUGGUGGAGUGAUGAAAAAUACUCACAGAUAAAUCUGAGGUUGAGCUGCCACUAAAUGCUUCUGCUUGUUACGUGAUGAAUCAUUACAUUUCUGAAUACUCCAAUGAUAACCUGUCAAAACUAAUACUGCCGUAUUUUUUAUGAUCUUCCAUUAGUCAUUGGUCAAACAUGCUGCUGUUAGCUGUUGGUUCCAAGUAUCAGGCUACAGGUUUGCUCUAAUACUCUGGGCAAAUCAAAGAGUACAACUGUUCUCAGGUUAUUGCAUUUGGGUUUUUGGGUGUGGCCAUGAGUUUGCCGGAGAUGCAGGCUCCAGCUGGGGCUGGUGGAAUUCGGCGAUUGCUCUUGAAAGUCAUUGUGUCUGCUGUGGCAUUGCUGCUCGCCCUGGUGGUGAUAUCACUGUCUGUGGGCUCGUCCCUUCCUGGGGCAUCGCUACGUGCAUACCUCACUACCGGGGCUCGUGGUGGGAGCGAGAAUGAUGCUACCGCUGAUUUUCUGUUAUCAACGCGGGUCUUUCAGGGUGACCAGGAACCCUUGCCUGGUACCGUGAAUUCAAGUGAAGCGUCUUUGGGUACAAGAGAGGAUGAUCGCAACAUGCCGGUACCAGUUGCUACAGGUACCUGUGAUCUAUAUCGUGGGGAAUGGUUCUUUGAUUCUUCGGGGCCACUCUACACAAACAACUCUUGUCCUUUGAUUACAAAGACUCAGAAUUGCCAGGGAAAUGGGCGACCCGACAAGGGAUAUGAGAAUUGGAGAUGGAAACCUGAACAAUGCAUUCUCCCGCGCUUUGAUGCAGCAAAGUUCUUGGAGUUUAUGAGAGGCAAGACACUUGCCUUUGUUGGGGAUUCAGUUGCUCGAAAUCAGAUGGAGUCGCUCCUUUGCAUCCUCUGGCAGGUCGACACCCCAGUAAACAAUGGCACUAAAAGAAUGCAGAAGUGGAUCUUUAGGUCAACGUCAACAACUAUAAUCCGCAUUUGGUCGUCUUGGUUAGUACAUAGGUCAAUUGAAGCAGUGGAGUUUGCUCCCCAGGGUCUUGACAAAGUUUUCCUGGAUAUCCCAGAUGAGACCUUCAUGGAACUUCUCCCGAGUUUUGAUGUGCUUGUCCUCUCCUCUGGGCAUUGGUUUGCAAAACGAUCAGCCUAUAUCCUGAAUGGCAAUGUUGUUGGAGGACAGCUCUGGUGGCCGCGUGAAGCUGGGAAUAUGCAAAUGAACAACGUUGACGGUUUCGCUGUAUCUGUUGAGACUUGCCUAACUGCUGUGGCAAUGAACCCGAAUUUCAAAGGUAUAGCUGUUCUGCGCACAUACUCACCAGAUCAUUAUGAAGGUGGGGCAUGGAACACAAAUGGGUCAUGCACUGGGAAGGUUAAGCCCUUGGAUGAAGCGGUAAGGAAUGGAUUCACGAACACAAUGUAUGAAAAGCAAGUUGCAGGCUUCAAAAAGGCUGUCCAAAAUUCUGGGGAACACGGUUCCAAGUUGAAAUUGAUGGACAUCACGGAACCUUUUGCCUCGAGGGUCGAUGGGCAUCCUGGUCCAUACCGAAGUGUCGACCCAAACAAGAAGACUCAGAGAGGGCCAGAUGGAAGGCCUCCACCCCAAGACUGUCUACAUUGGUGUAUGCCAGGACCUGUAGAUACAUGGAAUGAGAUGCUGUUUGAGACCAUAAAAAGAGAACUUGCUGGUUAGGCAAUGAGAAAAAAAAAGUAUUGCUGGAUACUUGCCAACUGCCACCACCUAGCGUCCCACAAUAUUGCUAAGCUAAACCUUGGUGUACAUGUGUGGUGUACCUGUUUUACCACAGAUAGGAAGAACUACAGUAGCUUCAGACCACAGAGUUCUGAUAGGAAGCUGCUUUUUUUUUAUUAUACCUUUUUAGGUCCCAAACCCUUCAGAACAGGGAUAUAAAUUAUUGAGCAGUUGAUCUGUAUCUUGUAAAGUUGGUUGUACUUUUUGGCUGAAACAUUGUUUGGCAUAUGCCAUCUUGUCAAAUUUUGUGCAAAUGAAAACCCUAUGGAAUACUACUAUAUUGUAAUUAGAAUUGGGCAUCUGAAUUUUACUAGUCGGAAAGAA